AUGCCUGAAUUCAUCCCCAAAACACCAGCUCCUGCCAAUAAUAUCAGGUUUUUCAACUGGCCAGGAGCUGGAGAGGAGAUUUCAGAAAUCCUCAAAGUGACCCAUGCCGCCGUCAUCCCCCCCGGCGUGUCUACGAUUCACGUCGGUGGUCAGGUGGGCCUCACUGUACCUGCAGAAUUGGAGGAGGAGGUCAAGGAAGCUUUCGAGCACAUCGAGCUGUCUCUACGGGCCGCCGGCCUUCCCGGCACCAAACAGGAAGUUUGGGCGUAUGUAUACAAGGUCGGUGAAAUCAUCUUACCAUCUGGCAGCAUUCUCUGCGCCGGCCUGAAGAAAAGCCUCCUCGUAGUGGGCACGCAAGCAGAUAUUAUGCCCAAGGUCAAUUCCGACAUCGAAAGACACGUCAAGGGGACCGCCACACUCAGAAAUCCCAGGCUGAAUACCCCUAGCAACACAGCCUUCUGUACCCCGGGUAGAUUCAGCUUGGUCAGCAUCGGGAUGGGCAAUGCGAAGACCAUCAAGUCCGUCAAAAUGUUGCCAAUGGCUCCGCCCAACCAGGUGGAGAGUUCAGGUAGACACUUCACUCCUGGUAAGGUUUUGUCCCAGAAGCCGGCGAGAGGUCGGCAGAGGAAAAAGCACUGUAGGAUCAUCGCCACGCACCAGGCGCCGACGCCGACGACGAUGGACGUGUAG